AUGCGCGCCUUUGCAAAGUUCACGAAGAAGAUCGCCAUAUGGCGCCUUCAAAUGGAAGCCUACGCCAGCCCCAAAGAGCAGGCCCUGAUCUUGUACAAUGGCCUCACCGGCGAACUUGAACAAGAAUUGGAACACUUCUCCAUUGAGGACAUCUUCAAGCCGGAUGGGGUGGACGUCAUCAUGGGCUUGCUCAAGAAGCCGUUCGAACAACGCCUCAUUUACCAGAAAAGGAGAUUUCUGCACGAGUUCGAGACCUUCCGCCGCUUUCAAGGCGAGUCGAUGAGGGCACACGUGCAGAGAUUCAGGAGGGUGCAAAGAUCCCUCAAAUCCGUCGGAGUGGAGAUAAGCGGAACGUUUGACUCCGACUCGCUGGGCUCCAGACUGCUGGACCGCAGCGGCUUGUCCUACCAGGACCAAAGGAUGGUCCUCAUCGGCGCGCAACAAAGCCUGGACUUUGAGACCAUCGCCGAGUGCUUAGUCCUUCAAUGGCCAGAGUUCAGGACCGCUCCACUCGUCGUGAACAAGGACGGACAAAGCAAAGGAGCUGGCAAGAGCAAGCAUGGAACUUCACCGACCUCAUCGACGACCAGCGGAUCUUCGUCUUCGGCAUUCACGAAAGGUAGCGGCAAGUCCAUGAGCAGUGGCAAGUCCAUGCCACGACGACAGACCUACAUCACCGAGGUCAUUGAUGAAGAGGCCUUUGAGGCCGAUGAGUUCGAAGAUGCUCAUGAACAACCGGACGAACUUGAAGCCGAAGCCGAACAAGAAGAGCAACCAGAAGAUGAAGAAGGCCAAGAGGCCACAGACGAUGUGACCGACGACUUGACCCACCUCGCACAGGUCGUGACGGUCACGGCUCGCAAAUUGAGUGGCAUCACCUUGGGUCGCAAGUUUUCCACCGGCAACAAAAGCAAGAAGUCACCGGAUGAACUCCGGAAGGUGACACAUUGCUCAGCUUGCGGUGCUUUGGGGCACUGGUAUCAGGACCAGGCAUGCCCGAUGAAUCAAGGAGCUGGAGCUGGAAAGGCUGGCAAGCCCGGCAAGGGGUCCAAAGGAUCUUCAAGCUCGAGCUACCGCCAGACCUCAGGCCCUGACAAAAAGGCUGAUCGUCCUCAUCAGGUCAGCGUGGUGCACCAUGAGCACUUGUCCCUCGAGGUGAACGAUGCACCCCCCUCAGACUAUGGUACAAUGUUUGCCAUCAACAUGGUCACCAACCUCCCUUUUCAGGUUCAUGAGACCAAGGGCUUCGGGACUGGACACGACCUCACCGGCUACAUGGUUUUGGAUUCAGCCUGCCAGAGAACAUGCGCUGGCAAAGCUUGGUACCGGUCCCAUGGUGACAUGUUGUUCAAGCACCACCUCAAGACCAAGGAGAUCCCCUCGGAAGAUGUAUUUCAGUUCGGCAAGGGUGAACCAACGACCUUCCUCAUGCGGACGGCGCCGCCCGCAUGGCUUCAGCGCUGGCGCCGCUUGGUCUCAUGCCUCGAGGCCUUCAAGAGGAACAUCUGGAUCUACAUGGCGGGGGGCGUGCGAUUGGGCAUCAUGCCCAAGGCAUGGCUGGACCAUGCAGUGCCGCCGGAGAUGAGCCCACGACUUCAUCCCGAGAAGUGCCAGCGCACGGUGAUCAAGAGGUACGGCAAUGCGCAUGGCAGGUUCGCUCGUCGCCAAACCUGCCUUCGAAAGUGGAAAUGGAACAACAAGAAGGAAGAUUGGGACAUCUGGUCUUCCCAAGGAGGUGGCUCUCUCGCUUCCUCUUCUCGACAAUUGCCAUUGCCACAGCCGUCAUCGAAGGCAACGGCAUCUGCAGGGAGCACCAGCAAAGCUCGACCGAAGCCCAAGGCCAAGAGCACGGCAGCACCAUGUUCGACCUGGACAUCAACUCUUUCGGGUUGGACGAGCUUCGAGAUGGGCUACACGCUCCACACCGACCACUUGACUCAGGAGGAGCAGGUGGAGGUCUUCAGGAUCCUGGAGCAGAGGUCGCCGCUGGAAGCAGAGCCGACCACCGUGGCGGAGUUCGCUUUCCUCAACGAGGAGCACUUCAGGCCUCACCGGGAGAAGCUGGAGUUGGCGGCCGAUCGAAAGAGGCACGAACGCCUGGCGGAGCUGGGCGUGUUGAUCAAGGAGGACGAGGAGAUCAUGGACUGGGGCCUCAUCGACGAGAUUGUGAAGUCAGAAGGGCCAAUGGACCAGAUGGCAAAACGACUUCGAGGAGACUGGAACAAGGCCGCUGACAUCCUCGAGAAGGAGUACCAGGUCUAUGCAACAAGCAAGCCGACCAUGGAGAGACCUCCGCCCUAUGCUGACCUCUGGGAAUUGUUCGCUGGAAGCCCAAAUAUGACCCGGUUGGCAGCUCACUAUAACCUGAACACCUUGCAGCCCAUGGACCUCCUCUAUGGCCAGAACUUCAAGGACCCAGCCAUGCGUAAGAUGAUCUUCCAAAAGCUCGACCACUAUAAACCUUGGCUGGUGAUCAUGGGAGUGGACUGCAGGUUAUGGAACCAGUUCAACAUCAACCUCAACUGGUCUUCACCAGACAGGCGGCUCGCACUACGCCACUUGCAGGACGAUGAGAAGGUUCUUGUCGAGUUUGCCGUGGCGGUCGCACUACGACAACACCGGGCAGGGCGCUACUUCCUGCUCGAGAAUCCACAGGGGUCACAGCUGUGGAACUUGGAAGAGGUGACCGACCUUUUGGGCCUCCGUGGAGUUUGGACCACAGAUCUAGACUGUGGAGCUUAUGGAGCUGAAGUUGAUGGACAACCAAUCGCAAAACCAAUGAGAUGGGCAGGAAAUCAACCUGGCCUACAUGAACAGCUCAACCGUCGGCUCACACCUCUCCAGAAGAUGUACUGCACUCCCAUUCAGGGCAAGCUCACAAGACGAUCUCAAGAAUACCCUGAUGAACUAUGUCAUGCAGUACUUCAGGAGCUCCGUGCACUGAUCUUCCAAAAGGAGCCCCUACGAUUCGGACCACCACAACACAAGGUCUAUGCAACGGCCUACCCAACGGCCGAUCUCGACCUAUGGGACGACAUCGUGAAGUACGUGGACAAUGUCUACGAAAGAGGAGCCAAAAGACCUUUCAACUUCCCCCUGGACUCCGACAUGGGCAAGAAGAUUCAAGAGCUUUUCCGCAUCAAGGCCGUGCGCAUUCAGGCUUUCUAUGCUCCGACUUCUAGGAGGAUUCCGGCCAAUGUGGAUGAGUACUUCACGAGAGCAGCAUUCAGUAUGCUGACAAGACCCGAGCAGUUGAGGACGGAGACCACUUCACCGGCUACACCGGCUCCAGAUGCAGACAGGGCCAUCAUUCCAGGCCUCACGACCGACAUCUCCUUCAGCGGUGUCGAUGGAGUUGACCAACACGUGAAGCGGUCGCUUGCACGGCUACACCUGAACCUGGGACACCCCAGUACUCAAGAGCUGAUGAGGCUACUGGCACAUCAAGGACGCAUCCCGGCAACAGUCAUCAAAGCAGUGCAGGGCAUGAGUUGCUCUACAUGCCAACGGCUGAAACCACCUCAAGAACCACGACCAACCAGUAUGCCUUCAUUGGUCGCAGGACAAUUUGGUGAUGAGCUGCAGGCAGAUGUUUUCUACUGCCGACUACUGGAUGGCACUUCGUUUCCGGUCCUUGGCAUCAUUGACAGAGCAACAGGUCUCCACAUGGCUGGCCUCAUGAAGAACCGGGACUCGGAGACCACCUUUGAGCUCCUCACCGACCUUUGGCUUCGACCUUAUGGUCUUCCUUUGAAGUUCUCAUGCGACCCGGACCGAACAUUCCGGGGAGAGUUCGAGAAGCGCCUGAUGUCACUUGGCGUCCUCGUUGAACAUUGCCCACCAGAGGCCCACUACCUCAUCGGCAUGAUCGAAAGACGCAACGCCAUCUUGCGCCUGACCAUCGAGAGGCUGAUUGACCAGUUCGCCAUCGUCGACUUGGCAGACGUCCCACUGAUCCUGGUCCAGGCAUGUCACGCCUGCAACACAAUGGCAUUCACCAGACGACGCUCUGCAUACCAAGCAGUCUUCGGAAGGGUCCCACGGCUGCCAAAUGAUGUGCUCACAGACGGACAGGUUUUGAGCACCUCCACUCAACCAUUCCGUGACCCUGAACAUCCUGGACUACGAGCAGAACUGGUGCGCAGUGAAGCUCUGAAGACUCUCAUCGAUCUUAAUGCACAACAACAGUUCCGUCGAGCUCUACUGCGCAAGACAAGAAACACCAGCAUCCCAGACCUUCAACCUGGACAACGAUGCGUGGUGUGGCGCUGGACGAAGAAAGGAGUCCGCAAGAGAGGCGCAUGGCUGGCAGCUCGAUUUCUGUCAUGGGAUCCUGCCCAUGAAGGAAAACAAGCCUGGGUGAGACUUGGUGCAUCGACCACUUUGGUCACGGCAGAACAGCUCAGGGCUGCUCAUUCCUUCGAAGACUGGUGCCCUGACGAGCAAGACAUCAAGGUCUUGAAGGACGCCAGCAAGAACUUCGGCCAGCACAUGCUGGAAGAUGAGCGCGGUCCACCACCGCCUCAAAAAGCCUUGACACAAGACGCUCACUUGGAGCAGGAGGCGCUGGAGUAUGACAACACGGCACCACCGAUGACACCAGCAAUGGCUGUUCCGGCAACACCAGCUCAAGCCUCACAAGCAGCACCAAGCACACCAGCACCACAGGGCAGCACUACCGCAAAUGUGCAGGUCAACAUCGACAGCCCAACCCACAUGCACCAUCACACCACGGUGCAGACACUACAACGGUUUGGGGACCUUCCCAAACAACUUCGCACUACGAGGUCGAGAGGACCCUCCACACCUUUGGAAUCAGCACACUCCAAACGGACUCGUGCAACACCGGCUGAACUAGCACAUUUGGCAAACACUGCCACGGGCGAAACGGCCCCAGCAAUCGCACCGCACAGCGAGUUUCACCAAGCAGAGGUGGACACACCUCAGGCACCUACCAUUUUGGAGGAGCCACAACACCCGCCAGAAGGUCCUCAAGUCACCUUUGCACCUACACCGGCAGAACUGGUACCAGUACCAGAUGAUGAGGACCUGGCAGAACCUCAUGAAGUACAACAUCAACAGGAAGCAGAUACAGAUGCAGCAGCAGCAGGAAAAAGCACUGAAGACGCGGCAGCUGCAGAGCCACAAGCAGAACAGGCACACGCACCACAGCCAAUGGCUGAUGAACCACUUCCAACACUGCCAAUGAAGAGGCCAUUUGACACCUUGGCACUCUCACUCGAGGAGGACGGCAGCUUCUCGUUGGCAAGCAGGUUCUGGAAUGGCACACCGCCACAACACUAUGGGCCACAAAGCAAAACCUUCUCCAAGUGCUACGCCACUACAGCACAACGUCAACAGGACAUAGCAAACACAGACAAGCCGGCAGAAGAGUCUGACACAUCCGUGGAUUCGGAGGACUCUUCAACACAAGCAGACAACAAGCAACCGCAGCGACAACACCAUGCUGCAGGACAAGAUCCUGAGGAAGAGGAUCAUGCGCAGCCGCGCAUGCUACAGGGACAAGAACGUCGGCCAAGGACCAUUGAGAUGAUCUGCUACCAGAUGAUCGUGUCUGGACUCAAUGGCGAGCACUUCAACACCACCUUAAAGUGGUCAGCCUGGGCGGGAGAUGCUCAGACGGCCUUUCUCCAGGGCCGACAAAAGGACAGCGAGCGCGCCAAAGGAUGGGCUGAUCUCCAAGACGAGUUGCUGGUCCCACGAGCUGUAUAUCAGAUCCUGGGCAAUGUCUACGGCCUCUCAAACGCCCCACACCUUUGGAGCGAAGAAGUCUCUUCAAGACUGUCCACCAUGGGCUAUGGGCGACAUGCCUUUGAUCCUCAACUCUUCAUCAAAAGGGACAGCCAAGAUGAUCCCAUCUCCGCCAUCCUCGUCUACGUGGACGACUUCCUCGGGUUAUUAUUCAGAGAAGAUUAUGACAUCUCUGAAGUCCAGAAGCUCUUCCGCUGGGGCGAUUUGAAAGCCUUUGAGCCUGGCAAUCCCAUCACCUUCAAAGGGAAAGAGCUCCUCAUCGAGACCACUGAUGAAGGUCGCUACAAGAUGAGCAUCAAGAUGGAGAAGUUCAUCGAAGGGCUCGACAGCGGCAAGAUCCCCAAGGGCAGGUCCACACAGGACCCUAAGCUGACGGCCUCAGAGCACCAAGAGUUUAGAUCCGUCAGCGGAUGCUUGCAGUGGACUGCAACCCAAUGCCGACCUGAAGUGUCGCCACUGGUGUCCCUGGCCAACCAAGGAGCUGAGACAAGCUAUGUCCAUCUCAAAUCCCUCUACGAUGGCAUCAGCUACCUGAAGAAGACAAGCUCCCAAGGUCUUUGCAUCCAGGACAUCCCCUUCCGCAAGGACACACUCAUCCUGGCCUUCUCAGACGCCAGCUGGUGCAAUGCAAGCCGCUCAGGCUCACAGAUCGGGCUGCUAGCAGGCUUGACUACUCCCUCCGUGAAGAUGCAGCCCACGAAGUACACGGUCAUCGACUGCAGGAGCUGCCGAGCUCCAAGAGUGUGUCGAUCGACACUUGCCGCAGAAGCCUGUGCAGCAGAUGAAGCAUCGGACAGAGCAAGCUAUUUGAACCGAAUGGCAUCCGAGCUUCACUUCAACGAGCCAGCACAUCGAGUCGGAGCUCGAAUGGCCAUGGCCCAGGCCAUUGACGCGAAGUCCCUCUAUGAUGCCUUGCUGGCUGACGCUCCGAACAUAUCGGACCGGAGAAGCUUGGUCUCGGUUCGAUCGGUGCAGGAGGUCAUGCGACCUGACCAGGUCCACUGGAUUCCAACGAACUAUGAGUUCGCCGACGGCCUGACCAAGGUGGACGAAAAGCUCAUGUACAUGUUCAGGGCAUGGCUUGAAAGUCCCAUGGCUGUCUUGGUCGAGCAUCCUGAGAACGCCAGCAUUUUGGCGAGGUUGGAGGACAGUGUGGCCAAAAAGAAAAAGACCAGUGAGAAAAUCGUGCAGGCAAUCGCUUCCAUGUUGACCACACUGCCCUUUCGGCCCCAUGUUUAG